UUAUUUACGCCAAUGAGGCUCAGGUUUCAAAGUUGAGAUUUAGAACAGAAUUUCAACUUGUCCGCUUGAUGUCGCCACUUCUUCUUCUUCUUUUCUUUAGAUUGGUUUACAUUUUGUCUUUUCCGUCAAUGGUUUAUUGUUGAUUGUCUUAAAACUCUGGUUGUUCUUAAUUAGGCCAAUAAGUCUACUGGAUAUGUUCUCCACCAAUGGAAUCAUCUUCUCUUUGUUCCUUCUCAAUCAUCUCAACAACUUGGUCAUUUGUAAAAAGGCCGAGGAAUCUUCAAAAUCUGUUGUUCCAAUUAAACCAGUGGUGUUAAACACGACCAAAAUAGUUUCGACGGAAUUAAAUGCUACGAAUUAUGGAGUCACUAAUAGUUCAGAGGCAAAUGCCAAUGAUACCUCAGUAGAUGAUUUAGACAGUAUACCUGAAGAGCCACAGCUUCCAUCUAAUUUGUCAAGAAAGAAUGACACGCAUUUAUAUUAUAACUCAACAAUACUCAGUGAUCCAAAUGAAGCCAUGAAAUACUGGGUUGACAUUGACAAAAUGCCCAAUGUUACCCUUCAUCAAAUGCUAUCCAAAUCUCACCGACGUGCUGCACCCGUUAAUAUGACCUUUGAAUUCCCUUUCUAUGGGCAUCCAAUAAAAAAUGUUACAAUUGCAACUGGUGGUUUUCUUUACCUUGGUAACACUGUACACAGCUGGCUGGCUGCGACACAAUACGUUGCACCCUUGAUGGCGAACUUUGACACAAGGAUAGACGAUUCAUCGAAAAUCAAAUAUGCCGAGAAUGGAACUGCUUUCGUCGUUCAAUGGGAGCAUGUUGCAAUCAAGGAACUUCCUGGUGAAUUUUUCACCUUCCAAGUUACUUUGAAGAAAAACGGUGACAUUGUAUUUGUUUACAAGGACCUUCCACUUUCCCUCAGUCAACUACCGGAUACCCAUCAUCCUGUUAAAGUGGGUCUUUCUGAUGCGUAUGUAAUUGACAAAACAGCUUUCUUCAUUCGAAAAAAGACAAUCUACGAAUAUCACCGAGUUGAAUUGAAGAAAGAAAAUCUCGCCAACAACACAGCCAUUUAUUUCGCUGCUUUACCAACUUGUAUCGCAUUGAAAGACUGUCCAAGUUGCUUGGCUGGUGUUAAAGGAUUCGACUGUAAAUGGUGUGAAAGUCUUGGACGAUGUUCCGAUGGUUUGGACAGAAAGAGACAAGAUUGGCUUGGAAAGGGUUGUGAUGAUGAGUCCAAGAGAAGCAACUGCUCCGCACCCACCAAUAGUUCAAUUAUAAUUCCAAGUGCGGCUCCCACUAUUUCAGUCUAUUCAGGCAAAGUUAAAAAAGCGGAAUCACCCUCCGUCAAUUCACCUCUCUACCACCAAGGAUCAAACGCGAAUAGUAAAUCAGGAAAUGGAAAAGCAAGUUUUGUGGCGGUCAUGUUAUUUGUGUCUUUAAUUUCUGGAGCCGUUUUAUGGAUACUUUAUGCCUACAAGAAUCCACAAAGCUCGUCAGGACAAUUUUUAAUUAAAUAUCGACCUGCUCAAUGGCGUUUCGCUGGAAGUGAAGCUCGUUACACAGCAGCGUCUAUUCACAUGUAAAAUAAGCUCAACAUCGAACAAUCAACUAUAUCACAUUCAACCAAUGCCUUCAAUCAAGAAAAGCGUCUGUGCCUAUUGAUAACUUUUCUAUGAGCAGCAUCAUUUCUCUCUCUCUCUCUCUCUCUCUCUCUCUCUCUCUCUCUCUCUAUGCUAAAACUCAAAAGCUCAAUCAUAUCAUCAUAGUGCUUCCUUUACAUUUAUUACUCCAUGCAACCUUAUUGACCGCAUCUUUUGUCGUAUCGGUGCAUUUCGCUUUCUAUUAACAUUCAUCAAUUCACAUUGUAAAUACGACAAUUGAUUAUUUUUGGAAGACUGAAACGACUGAAAACGACGAAUUAAACGAUUCCACCCAAUUCAUGCUGAUAUCUUGUCAUGAUUGAUUAGAAGACUGAAACAACGAAAUAUUCACGCACAUUCACACGAAAUCAGAAUCUUUCCUUAUCCUCUCAGUGCUCUCAUAUGAAUUAAGUAAAAAACUCUGUCUUUUAAUCAAUUGAAACAAAAGAAAAUCAAUUUCAGUUAUCAUUAUUUUCUCCUUCCCAUCAUCGUUUUUAUCUCAUCUUCUUGAUCCGAGACAAUUUAACUUGUACAAUUAACUUUACCAUUCAGUCAUUGAUUUACCACAUUAAUUGUAUCAUCUCCCUUAGUUAUACAUUAAUUUGAACAUUUAAAUAAAAAGAAAGGUUCAUUUACAGUUGAAACAAAUUCAACACCAGAUCGAGGAUAAUUUAAGAUAAUCAA